GAACAUAUGUGAUGCACUGUGAUGCACUUGGUAGCUUAUCGUUUGUUUAUAGAAACAAAUACCUCAAAAAAGUAGAAGUACAGUGUACUCUUAUCAGUUACCCGAAGUUGCGGUUUGUUGACACCGUCCCAUUUUAAUUACAGACUCUGCUUUCACUUUCGACCUUGGUAAACGUCAAGCCCGGCGAACGUCACGGCCACUACGAAAGAAAACCACAAGAGCUUACCAUUACACAGCCAGUGGUUGGUUUGAUGCCUCUUUUCAUGCAUGCAAAGCAACGCGGUACAGGACAUAAGUAAACAUUCAAAAGAUCUCAGUUUCAUUCUGAUCCUACAUCUUUGAGCACAGUAAACUAACGCACCAUGUCCAGCUCAUUCGCGAUUGCUGAUAUCGAUACGGAUCUGUCCUGUCCUGGAGCGUCCGCAUUCGUCGAGAUACAACUUACCGAUCUCGCCGAUUAUCCGCUGGCCAGCACACCACCACCAGCGAUCGUUCCGGCAAAGUUUCGCAACUAUGCACAGCAAGUUCGCGAUUUCCAGGUGUACGAAGAUGACGUGUGGAUCGUGACGUAUCCAAAGUGCGGCACUACCUGGACGCAGGAGAUGGUCUGGUUAAUCGACCACGACCUAGACUACGAAACGGCGCGGGAUGUGAAUCUCAACACACGAUCAUUUUUUCUUGAAAUUGGUGCUAUUGCCGACAGGAUUCCUGUGGAUACGGUUACGGCAGCAGCCAAUUUGAAACGUCCACGACACAUUAAAUCUCAUCUUCCGCUGGCACUACUACCAAGACAGCUAUGGACAGUAAAACCGAAAAUUAUUUACGUGGCAAGGAACCCGAAAGAUGUGGCAGUAUCGUACCUUCACCACUAUCAAAUGAUAAUGGGCUAUCGAGGCUCGAAGGAAGCCUUUCUGGAUGGGUUACUGGAAGAUCGGGUAAUGUUUUGCCCUCAAGUGAAACAUGCACUUGAGUUUUGGGCAUUAAAGACGGAACCAAACGUACUGUUUCUUACCUACGAAAGUAUGAAAAGGGAUCUCAGAACUGUUAUACCUAGGGUGUGUGAUUUUUUCACCAAAACUUACACCGAUAAUCAACUAGAUGAGCUAACUGUGCACUUAUCAUUCGAUCAAAUGAAAAAAAAUCCAUCUACCAACAAUGAUCAAAUGGUACGAAGUGCGAUGAAAAUGAAUGGCCGCGAAGGAGAACAAUUUGAGUUUAUGCGCAAAGGAAUUGUCGGAGAUUUUCGAAACGAACUAUCACCGGAGUACAUAGAAAAGUUUGAUCAAUUCAUCGAGCAGCAGCUUGCUGGUAGUGAUUUUAAGUAUGAAAUAUAGUUGUUAAAAUUAUGCUUAACUUUCAAUAAAGGAAAACAAAAGUGUAUAUUGUGUUUACCCACCAUAAAACUUUAUCUGCAAUAUGCUUUACGGUUUGCAGUACCUUACAAACUGCCAGCAACGCAUGAAACAUUACCCAGAUCGUGUAUAAUAAACAAUAAACAUGUUAUGAGUAAAACAUUACACUAAUA